GUUCUAGUUAUGCUAUCGACAUCAAGCUCCAUGGAGAUGGUUGGCGAUCCGACACCAUAUGACAAGCCAUGCCAGUGAAUUCCGGCUCCGAUAGUCAGGGCCCUCCGGCCACUGGACGCCUAUCGCCCGAUGACCCUCUGCAAAGCGACAAUGAAGAUUCCGGCGCUGAUCCUGUUUCAAAUCACCAGAGGGACAACGAUCUCUUUGCGACUGACCCAUUGGCGGAGGAGCCACAGCAGCCAAUUACUUUCAAGCCACGACACAAGCGCCCUUCGCGUUUCAGUCUGUCCAAUCUCUUCUCCUCAGACAGCACGCCUGGUUCUUUCUUGAGAAACGCUCGCUCAGGAUCGCAGCAGCAGCCAGAUGCGGAAAGAUCAAAUACAUUUCCGACACGAAAUCAAGAACCCGGACCCGGGGGCGUAGAUGGGACCAAAGAUGGUGGACCGCUGGAUUGGUACGUUGAAGGACCAGGGCGAAGAGUAGGAUACGAUGAUCUCACGGCGAUCGACUGGAUCUUCGAGUAUACGAAGGAAAGACAGAGGAAAAGACUUCUUUAUUCCAGGGGACAAGGGUUCCUGGGACAUCUACUGCGGUUGUUGGAUGAGAGCCAUAUAUGGCUGGUGUUGGUCGCGACAGGAAUAGCGGUUGGUAUCAUCGCAGCAGCAAUUGACAUUGUCAGUGAUUGGUUAGGGGACCUAAAAACAGGCUACUGCAAAGCGGGUUCAGGUGGUGGAAAGUUCUAUCUUAACAAAAGCUUCUGUUGCUGGGGUCAUGAAGAUUUGUCCGAGUGUCAGGAUUGGACACCUUGGAGGGAUGCCUUCAAAAUAAAAUCUGUGGGAGGUGGAUAUGUCGUCGAGUACAUUUUCUAUGUCCUCUAUUCCGUUCUUUUCGCCUCGUGCGCAAGUAUCUUGGUCAGGACAUAUGCCACAUACGCGAAGCAUAGUGGAAUACCCGAGAUCAAAACUGUUCUCGGCGGAUUCGUCAUUCAGGGCUUCAUGGGAGGUUGGACUCUGCUCAUAAAAUCUUUGGGGCUGUGCCUUUCUGUAGCAUCCGGUUUGUGGCUAGGGAAGGAAGGUCCCCUCGUCCACGUUGCUUGCUGCUGUGCAAACCUGAUAAUGAAGCCCUUUGAGAGCCUCAACAGGAACGAAGCAAGGAAACGCGAAGUAUUAUCAGCAGCGGCCGCUGCUGGGAUUUCCGUCGCAUUUGGAGCCCCUAUCGGAGGCGUGCUCUUUAGCUUGGAGCAAUUAUCAUAUUACUUCCCAGACAAGACCAUGUGGCAGAGCUUUGUCUGCGCUAUGAUUGCAGCGGUCACUUUGCAGGCACUGAACCCAUUCCGCACUGGAAAGAUUGUGCUAUAUCAAGUUACUUAUACCAGAGGAUGGCACAGUUUCGAAAUUAUCCCAUUCAUUGCCCUUGGAAUUUUGGGUGGCUUAUAUGGGGGGCUCUUAAUCAAGCUUAAUAUGAAAAUUGCCCGAUGGCGAAAGUCGCGAGGGCUGUCACGUCCAAUACUCGAGGUGGCAUUAGUCGCCCUUGUCACUGCCAUCAUCAACUUUCCCGAUAUAUUCAUGAGGGCACAGAGCUCCGAACUUGUUUUCUCUCUGUUUGCCGAGUGCACAACAGUCUCAAACGACCUCUUUGGUUUGUGCAGGACGGAUACCAGCUCCUCCGUCAAAUUUAUUUGUCUACUCCUCAUUGCUGCGGUCUUAGGAUUUUUCCUCGCGUCCAUAACCUUCGGCUUGGAGAUUCCUGCUGGUAUAAUUCUCCCCUCUCUCGCUAUCGGCGCGCUAUAUGGACGUGCUCUGGGAAUAGCCGUCAAAAUGUGGCAGACUGCGUAUCCGAAAUUCUUCUUAUUCAGCAGCUGCGAGCCCGAUGUCCAGUGUGUCACGCCAGGGAUAUAUGCUAUCAUUGGCGCAGCGUCAGCCCUCGGUGGUGCGACCAGAAUGACGGCGUCGAUAGUUGUGAUCAUGUUUGAAUUGACGGGUGCGUUAACAUACGUAAUCCCAAUUAUGGUGGCUGUCAUGCUAUCCAAGUGGUGCGGCGACACGUUCGGCAAACGGGGCAUAUAUGAAGCAUGGAUCCAACUGAACGAAUAUCCGUUCCUCGAUCAUAAGGAUGACAGACCUACCCCAGAUGUUCCCGUUCGUAAGAUCAUGACAAGUGUCGAUGAUAUCACAGCCAUAACCGCCCUUGGACAUACUAUCGAAUCCCUUCGGAACCUGCUUGCCACGACUCCAUAUCGCGGAUACCCCGUAGUAUCCGAUGCGUCGAACCCUAUCUUGCUCGGCUAUAUUUCGCGGACCGAGCUGUCAUAUGCCUUGAACUCAUCCACAUUAUCUUCCAAUCGAAAUCUACCCCCGGAAACCCAGUGCUUCUUUGUCCACCAACCGUUUGCCGAUCCGCUGGAAACUCUUGACCUUAGGCCAUGGAUGGAUCAAACCCCAAUGACGCUAAACAGCCAUACUAGUUUCCUAAUCGUCCUCAAUAUGUUCCAGAGACUCGGCUUGCGUUAUGUCCUAUUCGUGGACCGGGGGAUUCUCCAAGGCUUGCUGACCAAGAAGGACGUUUGGUUUGUCCUCAACGGGGUUGAGACUCGUCAAGAAAAAGGACUAGGAGAUGGUGACUUCAGAGAAGCCGAGGCGGGAGAAGAGGAGGGCCUGUUAGCAGCCAGCGACGAUGGCAACAGUGUUGUCAGCGCCUUAGAGAGACGUCAGUUUCUGUAGAUCUCGUGUUUGCAGAUCGUUGGCGCAAUUUCUGGUAUAUUUUUCUUUUUAGCGAUCAUGUUUGGCUUAUGAGCUCCUUUGUGAUGAAAUGACAUUCUACGUCAGCAUAAGACAUGCUGUCUAGAUCUUCUGUGAUACCACAAAAUACUAAAGUG